GUAAAAAUAGAAAGAAAGAAAAAAAAACAGCACGCGAGCGAGCGCCUCCGCGUUUCGAGCGGAAAGGGGAAAGUAGAACAAGGAGAGAUCGAGAGAAAUUAAAAAAAAAUCCACCGGCUUCUCGUGGUCUCCUUCCAAACCCUAGCGCCGCGCCGCACCGCCCCACCGCGCCGUCGCCGCCGCCGCCGCCGCCGCGCGCCCAUGGCCAAGUCGCGGCCGCCCAAGCGGAUCCUCGAGUCCUAUACCAUCAAGGGAUCCGACAAAGUCAUCAAGCCUGGCGAUUGUGUGCUAAUGAGAGCAUAUGAUGCACCAAAGCCACCCUAUGUGGCAAGAGUUGAGGCAAUUGAGGCAGCAGGAUCUCGAGGCACAAAUGUGAGAGUACGAGUCAGAUGGUAUUAUAGGCCUGAGGAGUCCAUUGGUGGGAGGCGUCCUUUUCACGGUUCCAAGGAGGUCUUCCUCUCUGACCACUAUGAUGUACAAAGCGCUGACACGAUCGAAGGGAAGUGCAAUGUCCACAGCUUCCGGACUUAUACAAAGCUUGAUUCUGUCAAUGCUGAGGAUUUCUUCUGCCGCUUUGAGUAUAAAUCAGCGACAGGCAGCUUCGUGCCCGACCGGAUUGCUGUGUUUUGCAAGUGUGAGAUGCCAUACAACCCUGAUGAUCUUAUGAUCCAAUGUGAGGAAUGUUCUGAUUGGUUUCACCCUGCUUGCAUUGGGAUGACUAUCAAAGAAGCAAAGAAACUUGAACAUUUUUUCUGCCAGACUUGUACAGCCGAAAAUGGGAAGAUGGCAGAGAAUUCUCAUGAAGCUACAGCACAAUCAGAAGAAAAGCCAGUGGAGUCAAAAAGACGGAGAAGAUGAUGGCCCUGCUGAUUAAUCUAUGAAAAUUAUGUGCGGUUGUACAAAAGCCAUCUGAGGUCUGUAAUGCUAUUUGUUGUCGCAGUUUGUGGCUCUGGGACCCCCUAAUGUCUGGCACACGCUGUACAUAGUAGCUUGCAACCUGAUCAUAUUGUUGUAUUAGAGAGCAUACUAGGAUUUGCAUGGUAGUGUUGGACUAUCAGAGUAUGUGUAGGUUAUGGCAGCCCAAUGCCAACAUCAGGUGAUCAAGCUUCUCUGGGCAUUUUAGGACUCCUUCAGCAUCCAGAAAUAAUACUGCCACACAGCUGGGCCUGGCCAGUCAUCGUGUUCGUUCUUGGGAAAACUUUGUACUGUCAUGUGAACUUUGAAAUUGUCCAUGUAAUGCAAGCAUCUCGGUGUGGUACCUGCAAAAUUGUUGCUUGGAAUAGGAAACUUGAUUGUAAAAAGCCAGUAAUAGAGAAGAAAAUCUCCAUCACUCUAUCAAGUGUAUUUAUCUA